CCGCUUGCCCCUCCGUCUGCCCUCGCUGCCUCUUAUCACUGGCAAGGUGUCAGCCCAGUCCAACCAAGCUAACGACAACCGAUUCGAGGGUGGGGGAGCCACAGUGGGCAUUGUUCCUGAACGACACAAACAGCCAUCCCAACGUCAUCCUUUCCCUUUGGCGGCAAUGGGCCCGUGUCCACGUCGGAGAAAAUAGUUGCUGGGUUAAACUCAGUAGGCUUUCAAUAGGCGACAAGAAGAAGGUGAAAACACACCAUAGUGGCAAGGUUCGUGGAAGGAUUUCAAUCUCUCAUGGCCGGCUAGUGCCAGCUACUCAAUGUACAACUGAGUUCGGACCUGUCGUGCAACUCAGGUGAGUUGUGUUGAAAAUCCUCCCUCCUCGUUUGUCGCUUCCUCGGGGAGGUGGCUCGCUAGCUCGGCCAGUGGUCGAAUCCCCGACAAUCGUUGAGAUCGGCAAAACAGACGUGGACAAAUCCACAGAGGUGGUUUCGACUGCCACAGAGGUCUCGCAUCAGUUGUUACUAUUCUUCAUCCUCACCGAUCCUACGGUUUACGUUGCGCCGUCGCUAUCAUGCCCUGAAGAGUGAAUGUCAUCAUGGUCCAGCACGUUUAUCUGCCCAAUGGGCAGAUAUACAUAGUCACCCCGGUCUUCGGUGGCUUCACAUUCAAAUCGACCAACCUCGAUUUGCAUCACUCUGCAAUGCCUCCAGGAUGGACGGUGAUCCUUCAGACAGAAGACGAGGUGGAAGACGAAGAGCGCAGAGGCAGCAGAGUGACAGUCAUUGCAGGCGGGAAUACAGAAGAAGCAGGGCACAAACAUACUAUUGCGCAUCGAUUUACCAAGCCCACCAUUCAAAGCGACUCCCUCUUCAUCUCCUCCAUUUCCAUGCCCUCGAGUUCGGACUUCAAAAACACCGCCUCGCCGACCCGACAUAUUGCAAUGAUGCUCUGGGCCACUUUGUGCUGGUAUUUUCACAAGGAGCCUCCGAAUCCCCACGCCCUGACCGAGGCAUCUGCAUUAACCCCAGAGGCAGGGCGACCGAAGCUUGAUUGGCGCAUCAAGAUCAAAAGAGAGGGUAUUUUCAAAGGGAAGAACACAUUACAGAAACUUGAGCGGAUGGGUUUAAUAGCUAGCGAGGACUCUUGCGUCGGGACUGAUACAAAUACUCGAUUACCCAGCGGUUGGGCGGAGACCUUUGUGAGCAGGAAAUCAUUCUGGCAAAUUGAUGCAAGAAUCUUCCUCUACACAAUGGCGCCUCAAUCGCAUUCGCCCUUCCCCCAAGCUUCGCCCUAUCCUUCUCGUCCGUCUUCUCCCGACCGGACGGUUCCUGAACGUGGCUCACCUCGACCUGCCGACUAUGUGACCAAUGCGGCAAUAUCGGACACCUUCAGUUCAGGAUUCUGGUCGCCUGGAGGGCCCUUCAACUCUGGGAGUCAUCUGCCGACGUUCUACCCUCCUCCGCCAACUCAGUUCACCUUUACCAACCACAUUCGCCAUCCGAUACGCCCCAAGCCACCUCGGCAGGGAGAGUCAUUCUACACCCGCUAUAUUCCAAGUCUGGGUCAGUGGCUUUCAUUCCGGAUUCCAACAAUGUCUCCCAAGCCAUGUCCUCCGCCUCACUUUGUGCCCGCGUCAUCUUCGAUGCCCGCAGUGCUGCCGAGCCACACCGCGGCCAUAUCCAUUGCGACAUUGCCCACAAUGGACAACUUCUUGGACCGGCCGUCUGACCUGGACUUGCUCCACAAGUGGAUGAAUAACCCCCGGGUCAAUUCGGCGUGGGGUGCUGCCGGUCCGCUGAACACGCAACACAAGUUCUUGAUUGAUGGCCUCCAAAGCCGACACUCGUUCCCUGUUUAUGGAUGCUGGGACGGCAAACCCUUUGGCUACUUUGAAAUAUAUUGGGUGAAGGAGGACAGGUUGGGCCGACUACUCGGUGGAGAAGUUGGUAAUUACACGCGCGGAUUGCAUGUGCUAAUUGGAGAGGACGAAUUCCGAGGCCCGCAUCGAGUCAAGGUCUGGUUGUCUGCGCUGGUGCACUAUUGUUUCCUCGCGGAUUCCCGAACCGAGACGGUGAUGUUGGAGCCGAGGAUCGACAACACAAAGUUCAUCGACUACCUGAAAGACGCGGGGUUUUACAAGCAAGGCGAGGUUACCUUCCCGCAUAAACAGUCGGCCGUCAUGAAAAUCGACCGGGAAUCCUGGGAAGCGCCCGAGCUCUAGGAGAGCAUUAGGUGCCGCAACCUACCUGCCCGCGUCGAGGAAAAGAUGUAUGGUGGGAAUGGAUCUGAUAUCCGUACUCGGAGGAUCCGCUGUUUGAGAGCUACGAUCAGCGCACACUUUGGCAUUACUUGUAGUCAAUUUGACACGGUAUUGGUGUUUCAGAAGCCAUCGACGAUGAAUCCGGUUACGGAACAUCCAGCAACGCCACAAAGCAGCCCAAAACAGUGCAAGCAAUUGUAUAUAGAACCCCAGAAGGCACCCGAAUGUUCGGGCGGUUACCGCCUUGUCUCAUGAUAGCGGCAAGGCUGUGUACACGUGAUCAGCCUUACAACUCCGCAAAAGGCGGCGAGGCUGUCCAAGAAAUAAACCAUUCG